AUGGACUUACGGCAGCUCCUCUCACGCAUCGGGCAUUGGACCCUGAUAUACACCUGCUUCUCCAUCAAGAGAGAGGCUCUGCGGACAAAUCCUUGUCCGGAGAAGUCCCUGGGGGUUGUGUGGAAAGGACUGGUACCACCGGGGCUCGUGACUGGCAGGUCCAAGAGGCGGGUGAUGAACGACUCACGAAAGAAUGAACCUGACAGCCACGACAUGGAGCCUAGUGUGCCUUUGCUGGUUGAGGAGUUUGACGCACACUACAAGAAGCAAUCUGCCAACACCAAAUGUGGCUUUGCAGAGGAGUUUGAGGAUCUGAAGCUAGUUGGUACGGCCCAGUCUACAGCCACUGCCAGUGCAUUGGAGAACAAAUCAAAGAACCGGUACAGCAAUGUACUGCCAUAUGAACCAUCCAGGGUCAAGCUAUCCAUCCUUGGCAGCCAGUUUGGUGACUACAUCAAUGCAAACUACAUUCCGGGGGCAAACUCCAGGAAGGAGUUCAUCGCAAGCCAGGGUCCUCUGCCUGCCACAGUGAAUGACUUCUGGAGGAUGAUCUGGGAGAAGAACAUCAGGACUAUAGUGAUGCUGACCAGGUGCAACGAGCAGGGACAAGUGAAAUGUGAACAGUACUGGCCGGCUGAGAGUAAGCACUACAACAACAUCAUCGUCAAGACAACUUCUGAAAUCACUCUUGAUGACUGGGCCCUGAGAGACUUUGAAGUCAAAAAUGUGAGUUCCUCCUAAU